AUGCCUACCGUAUCUGUGAACAAGAAACAAUUAUUUGAAUUGUUGGGAAAAGAGUAUGAUAACAAGGAAUUCGAUGAAUUGUGUUUCCAAUUUGGCAUUGAACUAGAUGAGGAUACCACAGAAGAAGCAUUGAAGAAUAAUGAAGAACCUGAACUGAAGAUCGAAAUCGGAGCCAACCGUUAUGAUCUGUUGUGUAUUGAAGGUAUCGCACAAUCCUUAAACGAAUAUCUGGGCAGAUCUGAAACACCAAAGUACAAGCUUCUCAAGCCAACUACCAAAUUGGUCGUCGAACCUUCCACCGAGCAAAUUAGACCGCAUGCUGCUGCUGCAAUCUUAAGAAAUAUUAAGUUUACGGAAAGAUCUUAUGCAUCUUUCAUUGCUUUGCAAGAUAAACUACAUUCGAAUAUAUGCAGAAAUAGAAGUCUUGUCGCAAUGGGAACGCACGACUUGGAUACCAUUAAAGGUCCCUUUCGUUAUCAGGCAUUACCUCCAAAGGAGAUUAAAUUCAUUCCUCUAAAUCAAACGAAAGAGUUUGACGCUGCUGAAUUGAUUGAGUUUUACAAGCAGCCAGGUCAGAAAAGCAAUUUGGGUCGUUUUGUCCAUAUUAUCGAGGAUUCACCAGUCUAUCCGGUUAUCACUGAUGCCAACAACGUCGUUUGCUCACUGCCUCCAUUGAUCAACUCUGAGCACAGUAAAAUCUCGUUGGAAACGCGCAACGUCUUUAUCGAAAUUACUGCAACAGAUUUCACAAAGGCUGAGAUUGUCCUAGAUCAACUAGUGGCGAUGUUUUCACGCUACUGUGAUGAAGCUUUCACCGUGGAGCCCGUCGAAAUUGUUUCGGAACACAAUGCUAGGUCCAGAGUAACCCCGAACUUCGAUGAAAGACAAAUGGACGUUUCAAUUGAGUAUAUCAAUUCCGCUUUGGGUCUAGAGCUUUCUCCAGAAGAAAUUAUUUCUUGCUUGAAGAAAAUGUCUUUGCACGCUAGAAAGUCUCCAGAUGUUGAAAACACUUUACAGGUUAGUAUCCCAAUUACAAGACCAGAUAUUUUGCAUCCCUGUGACAUUAUGGAAGACGCUGCUGUUGGCUACGGUUUCGAUAACAUGCCAAGGGGUGGAAACUUGUCUAACGCUAAUUUCAUAGCAUCGGCAUUGCCAAUUAACAAGAUAUCAGAUAUAUUCAGAGUCGCUUCUUCACAGGCGACGUGGCUGGAAGUCCUACCUCUGACGCUAUGUUCUCACGAUGAGAACUUCAAAUUUUUAAGAUUGGAGGAUGACGGAAAACAAGUGGUUAAAUUGGCAAAUCCAAAGACAUUGGAAUAUCAAGUUGUAAGAACUUCUCUUCUUCCAGGCAUUCUGAAGACAGUGAAAGAGAACAGAAAACAUUCCCUACCCAUUAAGGUCUUCGAGACCGGGGAUGUGGUGUUCAAGAAUGGCGAUAUAGAAAGAAAGGCUUACAACGAACGCCACUGGGGUGCCAUCUAUGUUGGUAAAGCUUCUGGGUUCGAAACAAUUCAAGGUUUGCUUGGAAAAAUCAUGCAAACAUUUAGAACGCAGUGGCUACCAGACUAUGGUUCAUCUUCGACAUCAAGAGGUUACUGGAUAGAAGAGGAUAGCUCUUUGCCAACAUACUUUCCUGGUAGAGGGGCCAAGGUUAUGUUUAGACAUAAGGAAGGUGAGGACCCUAGAAAAAUUGGUCAUAUUGGUGUUUUGCAUCCUGAAGUGAUGAACAACUUCGACAUCCCAUAUGCCGCUUCUUAUGUUGAGCUGAACGCCGAAGUUUUCUUGUAG